AACGAAUAUGUCUGCACACAGACCGGCGGUAUUUGUAGCAAGUACCAUCCAUGACUUGGCCCAUGUCGUCGCCCGUCUGUUGCCACAGGUGGAGGUAAAUAACCUCAAUAUUCAACAUGAAGAUAACCUGUCUGAUGAAGAUUGGGCUGACCUGAGAGAAAAUGCAGAGGUUUUAUUUGCUGAUGUUCCUAUUAUCAAAUCAGCGUUGUUCACCUGUUCCAGACUCAAAUGGGCCCACAGCACGUGGGCGGGCGUUGAACCUCUCGUUAAAGCCGUCGAUCCACAGAAGCCUCCAGAUGCGAUUGUCACGAGAACCGGAAGUGCUUUUGGAAAUUUAAUGGCGGAAUAUGUCCUUGGUCAUAUCAUAGCAACUGAAAGGAAAUUUUUACUGAUGGCUGAUGAUCAGAAAGCUAAAAAAUGGAAUCCACAUGUAUAUAAACAAGAUAUUCGGUUGUUGUCGCAGUUAAGACUUGGUAUACUUGGAGCAGGACAGAUCGGUACACAAAUCGGCACAUUAUGUAAAUCAGUUGGCAUGGAAGUUUGGGGGUUGACAAGAUCUUCAAAAUCCGACAGUCAUGGUCCUCUCGACGCUUAUAGGACAACUGACCAGUUAGUGGACAUUCUUCAGAACUGUGACUACAUCUGUAACGUUUUACCUGCCACUCCAGAAACCAGAGGCCUCCUUUCUGGGGAUACCUUAUCUCAUUGUAAGACAAAGAAGUCGACUUUUAUAAAUGUAGGCCGAGGCAGUAUUGUAGACGAGGAUAGUUUAGUUAGGGCGAUUGAUAAUCACUGGAUAGCUGGCGCUGUAUUAGACGUAUUUGAGCAGGAACCACUGCCAUAUGACAGCAAACUAUGGUCCCUUCCCAAUGUUGUGAUCACACCUCAUAUGUCUGGACCAUGUAUCACAGAACUGGUGGCAAAACCUUUUACCGUUAGUUAUAAGAAAUACAUAGCCGGGGAUACUCUGGACUACAUCGUAAAGUGGGCGAGUGGCUACUGAGACUGACCACUGAAUCGAAUGUUUUAUUAAGACUACCAAGAAACAUGUUAUACAAUUUACCAGACAUGCCUGUCUGACCUGUAAAUCAGAAUUACACAGCAGAAUGCCAUUAAGGAAUCCUAAAUAUAUCAUAUUUUUAUGCAGACUAUUGUUACGUCGUUUUUAACCAGAACUUAGUCCCUAUUUAUAUUUUGUCCGUCAUGCGUCGUCUGUCCGUAAAUGAUUGACCAUUUUGACUUUUCAAAUAUCCCUUUAGCAGGUUCCAUUAAGGUUUUCUAUUGCAGAAGACGAACCAAAUUUGUAAGUUACAAUGUGUUUACUGCUCCAGGGAUGUGAGACACGCGGCUAAAAUAUGUCGAAUUGACUGAAAUUUUAAAAAUAUUUCUCAAUAUUCAGAUAUGAUAGAAUCAAAUACUCUUCAUGGAUAGAAGAAUCUUAUCUCAUUCUACGAAAAUUAUAAAUUUUGUGACCUCAGAGUCUCGCAUUUCCCCCGAUAAGGAGGGAAAUUUUAAUUUUGUUUCUGGAGGUUAAUAACACCAUUGAUUAUAUUCUAACAAAUUUUCAGUUUAGAUGAUCAGUAUUAUAAACCUGAGAUUUCAUUUUGAUAUUUUAUCUUGACUGACCCUCGGGGAUUAAAGAGGCAGGAAAUCAGAUGACACAUUAUAUCUAAUUUUUUGCUGUUUUCUUCCUCAACUUCAUCUGCUGUAGAAGACGUUAAUCUGACUGUCCAAAUUACAAAUGUUAAAUCCGUUAUAAACAAAAUGUCGUCUCUUAAAGACAGACUUGGCUUCAAUUUAUGAUUUCCGGAGAUAUUCUAUUCUGAAUAUCGCAGCAUGUCAAUCCACGACACGAACACGUAAAUAGUUACCGAAGGAGCACUAUACACAUUAUUUCGUGAAAUCUGAUAACUUCAUCACUUCGUUGUUUUGGUAAUAUCAAAUAAUUCUUACACGUUUAUUAUUUGUUUCAUUUGUUAUUAAAAUAUAUAUAUAUUUA